GUUGUCUCUGGCGGCAGCAGCAGCAGUAGUAGUGAGUAGAACGUCAGAAACUUGUCACUUGAAACCGCUGCGAACAUGGUGCAUAAAGCCGUGUGUGUGCUGAAAGGAGCUGGAGAAACCAGCGGGACUGUGUAUUUUGAGCAGGAGAAUGAUAAAGCCCCUGUGAAGCUGAGUGGAGAAAUCAAAGGUCUCACCCCUGGUCUCCACGGUUUCCACGUCCAUGCGUUUGGAGACGGCACCAAUGGGUGCAUCAGUGCAGGACCUCACUUCAAUCCCUUGAACAAGACUCAUGGAGGCCCUACUGAUGAAAAUAGGCAUGUUGGAGACUUGGGCAAUGUGACUGCCGGAGAUGAUAAUGUUGCCAAGAUAGAUCUUACUGACAAGAUGAUCAAGCUCUCUGGCCCUGACUCCAUUAUUGGUCGCACCAUGGUGAUCCAUGAGAAAGCUGAUGACCUUGGAAAAGGAGGCAAUGAGGAGAGUCUAAAGACAGGUAAUGCUGGUGGACGUCUGGCCUGCGGAGUCAUUGGCAUCACCCAGUAAACAUUCUGCCAAAAGCUCAGUACACUGGAGAUUGUUUGCCCCUGUAGCACUUAUUAAUAAGACCAACUCUUCAUGUGACAACAUGUCUUUUUCAAUAUUCUGCGGCUUUUUCUUGUCCUAGAGAGUUCAUGAGUCAUGCUUUCCUGUUCUUGUCCUGACCAUUGACUAAAUGGAUUUAUGUCUGUUUUGGUCCCAAAGAGCUAGUUCUGCGCAAUAUUAAACAUAUGUACACUUUACAAAGUUCAUCAAUAAAUUGUCACUUCAUUUGAA